UGAUGAUAGGUACAUGUACCUACCCCGGCUUAGCCAAGUACAUAUGUACGUACCUCUCCCGAUGGGACGGUACAUGCGUUAAGCUAAAGGUUCCCACUAAGACUUGGCAUCGAAUGAUGACACUGUAACCCAACGAAGUUAAUCGUAUUGUACAUACCGCAGGUACGAUGCCCGACUUUUGUAUGACCUGGCAACUUUAAACUUUACUUAGGAGCUGCUCUUCUUUUAAAUAACAGCUUCUCUUCCCUUCGUCCUUUUUUCCUUUUCGCUGCCAUUGCAACAACAUUGCAGCACCGCGGCGAAAAUGGAGGCUCUCAAGCAACUCCUCGAGUACAUCCUCACGCCCUCAACCGAAAUCUUUAUCGUCGGCGCCCUCAUCGUCUUCCUCCUACCGACUAUCGUACACUUCUACAUCGUCCAAACCACGCCCUAUACUUCUCUUCCGUCAAUCCUGCUCGCAGGACCUCCCGCCGGUGGCAAGACCUCUCUCCUCACCCUCCUCGAGCGCGGCGACUCCGCUGCCGCAACGCACACCUCGCAGGUUCCCCAGUCCGUCGAGCUGACUGUCUCCGACGAUCACGGCGCUACUACCUUUCGAGAAGCUGCACGCCUCGAUGCCCCAGGCUCUCACCGCAAGUUUCUACUCGUCGACACCCCGGGGCAUGGAAAGCUGCGAAACCAGCAUGCCAUGACCCAUAUCGCCUCGAAUACCCUGCGCGGCAUCAUAUAUGUGCUGGACGCCGCUAGUCUGGAUGAUGGCUUGGCAGACGCCGCAUCCUUCUUGUACGACGUGCUCCUCGCACUCCAGAAACGCACGGGCGCCGGGAAGACUUCCAAAGCGCCUACCGCGAUCCAUGUUCUUAUCGCUGCGAACAAGUUGGACCUAUUCACUGCUUUGCCCGCCUCUCUUGUCAAGAGCAACCUCGAGGCCGAACUUGGCCGGAUAAGACAGUCUCGAAGCAAAGGGCUGCUGGAUUCGGGGGUUGGCGUGGAUGAGGUCGGCUCUGAGGAACAGGACGAUUGGCUGGGCCAGUACGGCUCCGAGAAGUUUUCGUUCGGUCAGAUGAGGGAGUUCGAUAUCGAAGUGGAAGUUAUCGGCGGGAGCGUCCUUGACGGCAAAGUAGACAAGUGGUGGGAUUGGAUAUCGCAAAGAAUCUAAACCUCACUCUAAUAUAUAAUAAUUUUGGGCUCGGUGGGUGCAGCAACAUUGCUGGUUUCUAGCAGUUCGCUUGACCACGCCUUUUCCCCAAGUUCUCUUAAUGUAUAUCUUAUAGAUUCCACCGAGGACCUGGCAUUCAUAUCGUCUUGAGUUUUCACAUGAGAGGUUAUCUCUCAUUAGUCGAACUUGCGGCUAUACAAGAUGAACUUUGUAUAUCGUCGUCAUUGGCUUAGGUACUUAUUAAACCCUCGACAGCAGAGUCUGCAUCUAUGAUUUACUACAUGUUGAUGCUAAAUAUCAA